GAGCAGCGUUGGGUGUGGGAAGUGGACAACGGGGACGACGGGAAGGCGGAAUUGCCGAUGGACGUGGACGAGGAGAUCCGGUUCCGGGUCACGGCGGAAACGUUUCACGACACGUCUCCUUCCGGUCCUUCCUCUGCUCCCAAUAAUUCUGCGUCUGAAGAGAAUGAGGAAGUUGUCGGGAAGAAGUUGACACUCGGGUUCUUUGACGACAUCCGCAUCCCGGCGGCCAUGUUGCAACACCCGUCCAGGUUCGACGAGAAGGAGCAGCGUUGGGUGUGGGAAGUGGACAACGGGGACGACGGGAAGGCGGAAUUGCCGAUGGACGUGGACGAGGAGAUCCGGUUCCGGGUCACGGCGGAAACGUUUCACGACACGUCUCCUUCCGGUCCUUCCUCUGCUCCCAAUAAUUCUGCGUCUGAAGAGAAUGAGGAAGUUGUCGGGAAGAAGUGUCCAUAUGCGAUUACCGCAACAGUGCCAAUAUCUUCGAUCCUCAAGGAGAAAACAGCCGAGGUGGAGAAGAAGAAGUCCAGGGAAGACUGGCGUAAAGCGAAAGAGCUCGAAGAAGCCCGGAAGGGACUGACGGUGACGAAAUUUCGAAAAGGAGCCUGCGAAAACUGCGGAGCCAUGACACAUCAGCGGAAAGAUUGCCUAGAGCGCCCCAGGAAAGUCGCUGCAAAAUUUGGCAGUGGGAAAAUAGCCGCUGAUGAAGCCGUGCAGCCGAACCUGGACUUGGAUUUUGAGGCAAAACGCGAUCGUUGGAACGGCUAUGAUCCCAGCGAACACUCCAAGGUUCUGCAAGACUUUGCAGACGUGGAAGAAAUGAAACGUCGUCUCAAGGCCGAAAAGUUGAAGAAAGAAAUGCUCGAAGGGAACGAAGCAGGUACAGCUCCAGCAGCGGUUGAUGAAGAAGGAAGAGACAUCAACCCGCACAUCCCGCAGUACAUUUCUGCUGCCCCUUGGUAUUUUGGAUCCAAAGGACCGACUUUGAAGCAUCAACGGCCUCAACCCGAAAAGAUCAAGGAAGCCAGUCGUUUGGAUGAAUGGUACAAGAGAGGCGCAGUCGGACUGACGGUGACGAAAUUUCGAAAAGGAGCUUGCGAAAACUGCGGAGCCAUGACGCAUCAGCGGAAAGAUUGCCUGGAGCGCCCCAGGAAAGUCGCUGCAAAAUUUGGCAGUGGGAAAAUAGCCGCUGAUGAAGCCGUGCAGCCCAACUUGGACUUGGAUUUUGAGGCAAAACGCGAUCGUUGGAACGGCUAUGAUCCCAGCGAACACUCCAAGGUUCUGCAAGACUUUGCAGACGUGGAAGAAAUGAAACGUCGUCUCAAGGCCGAAAAGUUGAAGAAAGAAAUGCUCGAAGGGAACGAACCCGAAUCGGACGAAGAUGACGGCGAUGAUGACAAGUAUGUAGACGACGUGGACAUGCCUGGCACGAAAGUCGAUUCCAAGCAGCGGAUCACGGUUCGUAACUUGAGAAUCCGAGAAGAUACUGCCAAGUAUCUGAGGAAUCUGGACCCGAAUUCCGCCUACUAUGACCCGAAGACCCGUUCCAUGCGUGACAACCCCUACAAAGAAGGGGCCACUGACCCCGUGAAGGUGGACUAUGCCGGAGAGAACUUCGUCCGUUUCUCUGGCGACACGUUGGAACACGCCAAGUCGCAAUUGUUCGCCUGGGAAGCCCAUGAAAAGGGCGUCGACGUGCACAAUUUGGCGGAUCCCACGAAACUCGAACUUUUGCACAAGGAGUUUAUGAAGAAGAAGGACCAGUUCAAGACGCAGGUCAAGGGCAGUAUCCUGGAUAAAUACGGCGGAAUCGAGCACUUGGACGCUCCUCCCAAGGAAUUGUUGCUGGCCCAGACUGAGGAUUAUGUGGAAUACUCGCGACAGGGGAAAAUCAUCAAGGGAGCAGAAGCACAGCAAGUGCGUUCCCGCUACGACGAAGACGCUCUCAUCAACAAUCACACGGCAGUUUGGGGCUCAUUCUGGAGAGACGGCCAGUGGGGCUACAAGUGUUGCCACUCCUUUGUCAAAAAUUCCUACUGUACGGGGGAAAAGGGCCAGUUGCUGGAAGCUGGCCUCGUCUCCGAUGCAGCAGCUGCUGCUGCCGCAGCUAUCCCACUUGCAAUCACUGCUCCUGAGCCAGUUGCGAGCACGUCAAAGGCCUCUGAAGAAGUAGACUCGGAAGACGAGAGAGAGAAGAAGGAGGCGAAGAGGAAGAAACGGGAGAAGAGGAAGCGGAAGAAGGAAGCUGCGAAGAAGCGGAAGGAGACGAAGAUAAGCAAGAAGAAGAAGAAGAAGAACGCCAAGACGGACAGUUCCUCCGAGUCUGAGUCCAGUUCUGAAAGUGAGGACGAAGAUGCGAAGAGAGAACGUCUUUUGAAGGAGGCAUUGGAAAACGAGGAACGAAUGCAGAAAGCAGCGGCAGAAUUGCUUUCAAAGGACGAACGGAAGCGACCUUACAAUUCCAUGUACAACGUGACGCAACCCACGGAUGAGCAAAUGGAAGCCUACUUCAUCAAACGUCUUCGAGACGAAGACCCGAUGGCGAAAUUUGUGUAAAACGCGGAAUUUUUGAAGCAAAACUCUAAACUCGACACGGAUUCACAUGAUUGUCAUUUUAUGUCGUCUUCGGAACAUGGAUGUGUGUUUUUUUGUAGGAAGA